AAUCCAAACUUCUAAUAAUUUAUUAAGCUUUUCGAAUUUAUAUAAUCAAAGAAUAUUAAGUAUAAAAAAUCAAAAUUUAAUAAAUAAACCAACUUUUAUUUAUGAACAACAAAAAAGGUGGCAUAUUCAUCAUCAUCAUGGUCCACAUCAUGGUCACGACGGCGAUAAUCAUGGAUUAAUCGUCGUUCUUUCUGAUCCAAAAAGUCGUGGAACAAAAGUUACUUUAUUGGGACUUGCUUGUAAUGUAGCUUUAACCGCAGCAAAAGGUGCAGCUGGUUGUCCCCCUGAUGCAACUCAUCCUUAUGGAUACGGAAAGUAUGAAACAAUUGGAUCACUGGCGGUUUCUUCACUAUUAAUAAUCGGAGCGGUUGGAAUAGGUCAUCAUUCCUACGAAAUAUUAAUUAAUCUUUUGCCAUCAGAAAUUCCAAAUAGUAUAAAUGAACUUGGUGAAGCCAUAAAUUCGCGGACUGAUGAUAAUCAUCAUCUGAAUCCCAAUGCAGCUUGGUUUGCCGUGGCAUCUGUUAUUAUAAAAGAGGCAUUAUAUCGAAUCACGUUGAAGAUUGGAUUGGAAGAAAGAUCCAAUGUUUUAGUAGCAAAUGCAUGGCAUCAUCGUAGUGAUGCAGCUUCAAGCGUUGUAGCCCUUGGAGCAAUUAUGGGAAGUUAUCUUGGAUUUCCGUUUCUUGAUCCAUUAGGUGGCAUACUAGUAGCAGGAAUGAUAAUGAAGAGUGGGUUCGAAAUCAUGUUAGAUUCAUUAAAAGAAUUAGUUGAUGUGAGAGUUGAACAGGAAGUUAUAAAUCAAGUUGAAAAGGCUGUUGAAAAAUUAAAGGGUACUGAUCCAAAUAUAGUAAAUUUCCAUAAUAUAAGAGGUAGAAAAUCAGGACCGUUUUAUUUAAUUGAUAUGAUAUUACAAGUUAAUCCGGAUUUAACUAUAUCAAAAGCUCAUAACAUUGAAGAACAAGUUAGACAAGCUGUUAAGAAAGAAUGUAAAUGUGUUAAAGAAGUUUUGAUGCAUUUGGAUGUUGAAGAUCAAAGUCCUCAUCAUUAA